AUGCCACCGCCGCAGCAAGGUCCCUGCGGCCACCACCUCCUCCUCCUCCUGGCCCUGCUGCUGCCCUCGCUGCCCCCGACCCGCGCCCCCGUGCCCCCAGGCCCAGCCGCCUCCCUGCUCCAGGCUCUCGGACUGCGCGAUGAGCCCCAGGGUGCCCCCAGGCUCCGGCCGGUUCCCCCGGUCAUGUGGCGCCUGUUUCGACGCCGGGACCCCCAGGAGACCAGGUCUGGUUCGCGGCGGACGUCCCCAGGGGUCACCCUGCAACCGUGCCACGUGGAGGAGCUGGGGGUCGCCGGAAACAUCGUGCGCCACAUCCCGGACCGCGGUGCGCCCACCCGGGCCUCGGAGCCUGCCUCGGCCGCGGGGCAUUGCCCUGAGUGGACAGUCGUCUUCGACCUGUCGGCUGUGGAACCCGCUGAGCGCCCGAGCCGGGCCCGCCUGGAGCUGCGUUUCGCGGCGGCGGCGGCGGCAGCCCCGGAGGGCGGCUGGGAGCUGAGCGUGGCGCAAGCGGGCCAGGGUGCGGGCGCGGACCCCGGGCCGGUGCUGCUCCGUCAGUUGGUGCCCGCCCUGGGGCCGCCAGUGCGCGCGGAGCUGCUGGGCGCCGCUUGGGCUCGCAAUGCCUCGUGGCCGCGCAGCCUCCGCCUGGCGCUGGCGCUACGCCCCCGGGCUCCUGCAGCCUGCGCGCGCCUGGCCGAGGCCUCGCUGCUGCUGGUGACCCUCGACCCGCGCCUGUGCCACCCCCUGGCCCGGCCGCGGCGCGACGCCGAACCCGUGUUGGGCGGCGGCCCCGGGGGCGCUUGUCGCGCGCGGCGGCUGUACGUGAGCUUCCGCGAGGUGGGCUGGCACCGCUGGGUCAUCGCGCCGCGCGGCUUCCUGGCCAACUACUGCCAGGGUCAGUGCGCGCUGCCCGUCGCGCUGUCGGGGUCCGGGGGGCCGCCGGCGCUCAACCACGCUGUGCUGCGCGCACUCAUGCACGCGGCCGCCCCGGGAGCCGCCGACCUGCCCUGCUGCGUGCCCGCGCGCCUUUCGCCCAUCUCCGUGCUCUUCUUUGACAACAGCGACAACGUGGUGCUGCGGCAGUAUGAGGACAUGGUGGUGGACGAGUGCGGCUGCCGCUAACCCGGGGGGCGGGCAGGGACGCGGGCCCAACAAUAAAUGCCGCGUGGUCUGCUC